AUGCGUUCACGAUACCUUGCACCUAUUAUUUUACUUUCAAGUCUCGUGUUUGCAGCUGAUCCUGCUCCAUGCACAGGAGAAGAUGAAGAAGGAUACUAUGACUUGUCUCCACUGAGGUCCAACAAGGAUUAUAAAUUCACUUCCGAAACCGGACGUGACUUCUCAAUAAACGUAUGCCAAGGCGUCAAAUCCGAACUUUGGCAUCCGCAGCAAGUCGACAAACUGGAGACGAUUGGCGGAUUCUUUAGGGCUGACCAUGGAGAUUUCUCCAUUGGAACGUACAACACGACCUUGAAGGUCAAGAAUAAGCAUCCAGUACUGGUAUAUGAACAUGGGUCGACCUGCGCAAGUGCGACAAGCUUGAAGGCGUCAACUGUUAUUCGAUUCAUCUGUGAUCCUGCCGUGUUUGCUGUUGGAUCUCCCGUCUUGGUAGCCCAAUUACCACCAGAAGAUGAUCAGGCAUGUGCCUUCUUCAUCGAAUGGAGGACUCACGUUGCAUGUCCGACAGCAAAGAGUAUUGGAGCAGGUGGAUUCAUCGCUGUGUUUGGUGCAAUACUUCUAGCAGCGAUCAUGACAUACCUUGUCGGAGCAACUCUGUACAACCGUUAUGUCUUGGGCUAUCGGGGCAUCGACCAGCUACCUACUGUCUCUCCCCUUAAUGCUUCCGCCUUCAUGGAUUGCUUUUACUUCAUAAAAGACAAUUUUGGCCCACGCAAUGAUGGGUUCGUCUCGAGCGCUCCCACAGGUCGUGGGGGAUUCGGAAACGCCAACGGGGGAUUUAGGCGUGGCAAUGGGUUUGGAGGAUUCGGAAAUAACCCAUCGGCACCUCCAAGAAGAGACGGCUUCCAAACACACUUUCAAGAAGAAACCGAGCGAGCGCCAAUAAUGGAUCCGCGCUUUUCUCUCGACGAUGACCAAGAAUACGAGAGAAGAACUUCACUUGUUCCACCUGAUGUGCCACAGAAAGAUACGGCUCCAACUCCGCCUCGGUCUCCACGUUCCCAAAGCCCGAAUAUUGGUGGUGAAUCGAUCACAAGACCUACGGCUAGCAAUAAUCAGGGCGCGCCACCAAGCACUACCUCCUAA